AUGGCUCGUCUUUUUCAUCAAGUAUUUGUAAGUUUUAGGAAGUACAUCAUAGAGUCUAGUUUUCUGAAUCCUGAUCUGCACAUUAUUCUCAAUGAUAUAUGCUGUGGUGCAGGUCACGUUGAUGAUUUGUUUCCAUUUUUCUUGCAACACGCUAAGCAGAUCUUUCCUAUGCUGGAGUGUAUGGAUGAUCUGCGUAAAAUCAGUGAUUUAAGAUUGCCUCCAAACUGGUAUCCGGAAGCCAGGGCUGUUGAAAGAAAAAUUGUGUUUCAUGCUGGCCCUACAAAUAGUGGGAAAACCUAUCAUGCAAUCCAGAGAUAUUUAAAAGCAGAAUCCGGAGUAUAUUGUGGUCCUUUAAAACUCUUGGCCCACGAAAUCUUCCAAAACAGUAAUGAUGCUAAUGUACCAUGUGACCUGGUUACGGGAGAAGAACGAGUCUGUAUUGAUCCUGAAGGGAGGGCAGCUGCCCAUGUUGCUUGCACUAUUGAGAUGUGCAGUGUUAAUACACCUUAUGACGUGGCUGUGAUUGAUGAAAUUCAGAUGAUUAGAGACCCUUCUAGAGGCUGGGCCUGGACACGAGCACUCUUGGGACUUUGUGCAAAAGAAAUCCAUGUUUGUGGUGAAGAGGCUGCUAUUAACCUAGUGACAGAACUCAUGUAUACUACAGGGGAACAGGUUGAGGUGAAAAGGUACAGGAGGCUGACUCCCAUCAAGGUGCUGAAUAAGGCUCUUGAAUCUCUGGAUAACCUUCACCCUGGAGACUGUAUUGUUUGUUUCAAUAAGAACGAUAUUUAUUCAGUGAGUCGACAAAUUGAAUUCCGGGGCUUGGAAUGUGCAGUUAUAUAUGGAAGUCUUCCACCUGGAACAAAACUUACCCAGGCAAAGAAGUUCAAUGAUCCGGAUGAUCCGUGUAAAAUCAUGGUUGCUACAGAUGCAAUUGGGAUGGGUCUCAAUUUGAGCAUAAAAAGAAUCAUUUUCAACUCCCUAAUAAAGCCACAGAUCAAUGAAAAAGGAGAAAAGGAAAUUAACACAAUUACCACUUCUCAGGCGCUGCAAAUUUCAGGCCGAGCUGGCCGAUUUAGUUCUGCAUUUAAAGAAGGGGAAGUUACUACGAUGCAUGCAGAUGACCUCGUUCUGCUAAAGAAGAUUUUGAGUGAGCCCGUGGAUUCUAUAGAGGAUAUUUUUGUGAGCCUCUCUCAAGUUGAUGGACUCUACUUUGUCUGCAAUAUUGAUAACUUCAAAUUUUUAGCCAAAAUGAUUCAACACAUUCCACUCCAUUUGAGAGCAAGAUACGUGUUUUGCACAGCUCCCAUUAAUCAAAAGGAGCCUUUUGUGUGCACCUCACUCUUAAAGUUUGCACGACAGUUCAGUAGAAAUGAACCUGUGAUGUUUGAUUGGCUCUGCCGACAUAUUAACUGGCCCCUGAUCCCACCCAAGAACAUCAAGGACCUUGUCCAUCUUGAAGCUGUUCAUGAUGUUCUUGAUCUCUAUCUCUGGCUGAGUUACCGGUUUAUGGACAUGUUCCCAGAUGCUGGUCAUGUGAGGGCGAUUCAGAAGAAACUGGAUGACAUCAUACAAAUUGGAGUGAUGAAUAUUACAAGACUGAUUCAAGCUUCCCAAGUCACUUCUGAGGCAAUGGGUAUUCCUGUCGAGAGCCUCAGAACUGAUGAUAGGCUCCCGCAUGCAGAAAUGACAGAGAUUUCCACGAACAAAGAGAUGGCCCACGGGCCCCGCAGAGCAAGAGGGCCUAAAGCCAGGAGCUUACAGUCUGCGGAUGUGCAGCUGGGCACCCCGAGCCAGAUGAAGGGUCCUCUGGCCGAAAGACUGAUACAGCAGGGACUCCUCAGCAAGGAAGUGCUGAAACAAUUGGAGAAGGAAUGGCUCUCUCAACAGGAUGGUCCUCAUGAUGUUAGUGAAAGCAGGAGCUCAGCCAAACACAAAGAAAAAAAGAAAUGAAGUGAUGCCUCUGCUUAAAUAAAACAGUAAUUU